AUGGUGUUCAAUGGGGGCCAUCCCAAUUUUGCUGGCUUGGUGGAUAUUGUGAAGUCAAGGAUAGCUUUUUGGGCAAAGAGCAGUAUUGCAGGUUCGACAUUGUUUGAGGUGAAGGGUGUUGCUGUGCUUUGUUGCUGUUGUGUUGCUGGUGUGGUGCUUGUCUUGAAAUUUAAUAGGUUUCAUGGUCAUAUAGGCACCUUCAAGACCAAGGGCAAACAACCUUACCCUAAGUUGAGAAUUAUUGACAUGUCUUACAAUGAUUUCACUAGGCUUUUGCCAAAUAAUUAUAUCAAACAAAUUGAAGCUAUGAUGAAUGUGGAUGAACAUGAAAUGAAAAUGAAAUACAUGGGUGAGACUUAUUACCAAGAUUCAGUGGUGGUGGUGAUGAAAGGACUGGAGAUUGACUAUUCAAGAAUCUUAGCAGUCUUCUCAAUCAUUGAUUUAUCAAACAACAAAUUCCAAGGAGAGAUUUUGAAAUCCAUUGAGAAACUUAAUUCACUUCGAGGUCCUAAUUUAUCUCAUAACAACCUUCCACAUCAUAUCCCAACUUCACUUGGAAAUUUAACAAACCUCUAG